GUCUAUUCAGAUGCAGUUUAUGUAAUUCAGUCGGGGGGGGGGGGGGAAGCAGAGUGCCAAAAGCGACAAACAAACAGCAGAAGAAAACACACGAGGAACGAUCAGAUGGACGGAGGAAUGAUAUCAUCGAGCUAAAACAACUAAGAGACGGACGGACGACGAGACAACCGUCCGACACCAAAAGGAAAAGUCGGAAAGAGGAGGAGAACACGACCGAACAGAGGACGGAGCGAUGUGUCGGGGAAGAUGUCAUUGUCUGAAACAACUUCUUGUGCGUGUGGAUGCGUUGCUUCUUUCUGUUAUACCGUCUAAUUUGUGUUUCAAAUCCUUUCGAUGGAGUGAUGCUUCAGGAGAGGGCAGAAGGGUGAGAGAGAAAGAUGUAAGGAAGGAUGGAGGAGGAGAGAAGAGGGACAUCCUACCUCUGAGAGAGUCUCUGCUGCAGAAUUAGCUUUAUUUCAUACUGGUGCUAUUUUGUCCUCUCUGGGUUACUGUCCGCCUGCAACGGCAACUUGGGAGCACUUAGAAGGGGACAAGUGUUGUGUGUGUGUGUGGUGUGUGUGUGUGUGUGUGUGUGUGUGUGUGUGCACUACAGCAGUUGUUUCAGACAAUACCUUCACAACCGACCUCCUCUCCAUCCCCUUCGUUCGCUGUCUGCGUCCACAACUGUCCAAUCGGCGAGAGAUUUAGAGGCAAAUCUUCUCGAGUGUGUUUCCCGUAAUUUUCCAGUCUCUUGGGGACAUCUUUGUAUUUUUCUUCUGCAGCCUCUCCUGAAUGUUAUCGGGGCUUUGUACAGCGAUUUGUUGAACCAUUUGUUAAUAGUAGUUGAGCGUUUUGUUGAUAUGGGUUUUUAGGCUUACGUCUUUGUUACUCAUACUGCAUCUUCUCCUAAAACUACAGAUACACACAGUGAGACUUGGGUUAGCGGUGAUAACAUGCUAGCACGGCGCAAAGCGCUCUAAAUUGUCUGUGAGCCUCAAAGCCCGGUCACAGCGAAAAUUCAUCCGUGCAUCUCCUUAGCUGCAGGCUAACUGUUAACAUGCUAGCAAGCCGGCAACAUGCUAGCAGCCACAUUUACUCUCUGAGAUCCUUACUAUUGUAUCUGCACUGUGUCCCCCUUAGUAUUUUAUUCUCCAGAUUGUAAAUCAGUUAAUACAAUAAAAAGUAAUUAAAGAGGGGAAACAAAUCUCCCUGAGCUAGCUAGCUAGCUAGCUUUCAAACUGUCAGUUAGCAAGUUUGUUAGCUUGAUUGCUUGAUUGCUAGCUUGAUUGCUAACGGGACAAUGCGUUUAUUCAAAAGACAUAUUUGGUCUACAAAUCCUUCCUCCUUCCAACAGAGGAUGUUAAAUACAACAUGGUGCGUCACAGCUAAUAAGCAACGCUAGCUCCUUUUUAAUUUUGGACUCUCCGUUCCCGGAAAGGUCACCUCUGUCAAAAUGGCUUCAACAAUUUGUUUGCCAUUUUUAAAUGCUGGUGUGACCAGAUAUCAUUGUACAUGUUUGUCUUGACACAUUGUUGGCUGCCAUUCGACUCAUUCGAGGGUUAAAACAGAAGAAACUUGUAUAUGUGUUACGCUCAAGCGACUGCAGAGUGUCUAUUAGCAUCAUUAGCUGCCUGUUAGCACCUGGUUGACCUGUGUGUAUCUGUUCUUGUCCUCAUCAGCUGACCAACAAGAUUCAGACGUCAAAGGUUUCCAAAACGAGAGCUUUUCAUUAAGUACACCCUAUUGGCAGAUCUACAUUACAUGCCAAUGAUUGAUGACGGCAGCACUGACUCUGGGACAUGUUGGCGCUGCAAAGGUCCAACAACACAGUCCCUGAGAACACAGGCCUGUGAGUUGUCCCCGACUCCAGUGGAUCUAGUGACAGACAUCCAGAAGCUGUCAGCCCGACUGUGGCGGCUGCCGGGCCACAGCUUGUGACAGCCAACGCUCACCAGGAGGAAUGUCAACCCCCACCUCCAGAUAAGUUUUGACAGCUGUAAAUUGAGAGAGGGGGAGAGAGAGGAGGGAGCUGCUAUUUUUAUCUGUGGUUCAGCCAGGCAGAGAGAGAGAGAGAGAGAGAGAGACUCCCCUCGUUCUGUCUGCUCUCUGGACCUCUGCUCUCUGUCCAGCCACAGAAGAUUCUGGAAGUCCGACCUCAGUGUUAAGACGGAGAGACUUCCAGGCUGGAGGAAUAUAUGUGAGCAGACUGUAGAGUGAAGAAGACCUCCCAACAUGGCACUGCUCUGCUACAACAAAGGCUGCGGCGUGAAGUACGAGGCUGCGAAGAACAAGGACGAUUCCUGCGUCUUCCACCCAGGUGUCCCCAUAUUCCACGAUGCUCUGAAGGGCUGGUCCUGCUGUAAGAAAAGGACAACGGACUUUUCCGAGUUCCUCUCCAUUAAGGGCUGCACCCGCGGGCGCCACAGCGACGAGAAGCCCCAGGAGCCUCUGCGGCCGGAGGUGUCGUCAGAUAAGGGCGAGAUUAAACACACCAACUGCCAGGAGAUAAUCUACCAGGGACCCAAAUCUGCUGAGACGCUGCAGAAAGAGAGGCCGAGUUCAGACGAGCUCAAGACCAAGCUGCCCCAGAAAGUGUCUGCAUCGCUGGCUCAGGUGUUGGAGAAACUGGACAUCAACAAGAAAGCUGAGACAGAGAAGAACGAGAGUCAGACUGUAAUGCCCGGGACCCGCUGCAAGAACGCAGGAUGCAAAGCAACAUAUCAAGGCCCGGAGACCAACGCGGAGGUCUGCACCCACCACCCUGGAGUCCCCGUCUUCCACGAGGGGUAUAAGUACUGGAACUGCUGCUGCAUAAGGACGAUAGAUUUCAACGCCUUCCUCGACCAGAAGGGCUGCAACACGGGGAACCACCGCUGGGUCCCGAAGCACGACAAGAAGAAGGUGGCGUGUCGAUAUGACUGGCACCAGACGGGAAACAAUGUCGUCGUCACGAUUUACGCCAAGAAUGCAAACCCAGACAUUUCCUGCAUAGAAGCCAACCGUACAGUGCUCUCAUGUCAAAUCCAGUUUGAGAACGACAAGAUUUUCAAGAGAGAAUUCCGCUUCUGGGGCGUGGUCAAUGUCAAGCAGAGCUCGGUCAACAUGGUCCCGUCCAAAGUGGAGAUCACCCUCCGCAAGUCCGACCAGGUGUCCUGGGGCAAACUGGAGGACCCCAACUACAAGCCCGAGAUCGAGCCCGUAGAUGAAUCCAGCAUCGAAACCACAGAGCCGCAGCCCGACUAUGACAUCGACGACGACGACAUCAGCGACUCGGAGGAGGAGUGGGUCUACGACACGGUGCAGGAUGAAAUCGACGGGAAGAAGAAGAAGCAAGAUGAAGACCAGCAAAACUUAAAGAGGAAGGAGGUGGAGGAGGAGAUGAAGAAGGCGAUCGAGGAGAGGGACAGGGCGGAGGAGGCGAUGAAGCAGCUGGAGGAGCAGAGAAGGCAGGAGGAAGGCGCAGGAUACUGAAGACAUGCCAGAACUCGAGUAGAAAAACAACUUUAAUUUAAAUAGUUUUGUAAUGAAGCAAAUAAUUAGACUUUUGUAGCUUCAACUCUGAAUGAAAUGUGGUGCUUUGCAACUGCUGUCUAACUUUGGAGGGGGUUACUUACAACUUCAAUCGACAAACCUUUCUAUUUAUUUUAAAUAGUGUUUUCUUCUUACCCUGUAUGCAUCUUCCACACAAGAAAUAAAGACUGAUCUGUAACUACG